CCUCACGGGCUCGGUUGUCGAAGGGAAGUUCCAUCCAACAUGGCCGGUCAAUCUUUGCUUAAAAAAAUCUCAAUAUUUACUUGAUUUAUGGACUUUGUGGUCCACUGAUUACAACCAUGGACUUACGUAUAUCCGCUGAUGCGGACAUCAAGCGACUCCGGGAGAUGGUUCAAAAGCUGGAAGAGAAAAAUGCCGGUCUAAAAACACACGAUAGUCCUCGACUGGGCCGUGAAUCAGCAGCUAAUACAGGAACUAGAUCGUAUACUAGUGAGAGAAUGAAUGCGAACCCUGUAACGUCCAGAGUGGCUGUCAAACUACACUUAGAUGAUGUACCACUGAUGAAUUUAAGUGAUGUCGACUCUGAAGAAGAAGAUAGCUGGCUGUAUAUGUCACCUGUCCACCCUCCGACUCCUGCACAGAAAUCAGUCAGUCCUUAUAAAUACCUUAAAGGUAGCAUAGAUCACCAGACUGAUUUAAACAGAGUAAGAGGCUCUCUUAUGGCUAAACUGGAAUCUAUAGCAGCUCAAGAAGAGUCCAUCUCUCGACAUGAUCAUCAAGAGCAUCAAACAAGGGACAGAAAAUCAUUAGAUAUGAACAGAACAUAUAAUGUGGAUGAAAGUACUAUUAAUAAAGAUUUUGAGGAAGAGAUUGACUUACAACCCUUGAAUAUUAGUGGCAGUGGCACUUAUCCUAUAAGAAGAAGAGGUGCACCAAUGGGAGUGACUCCUUCUAAACCACCUCAAACAAAGUUGUAUAAAGCAUGGGAAAAUAUUUCAUUAGGAGAUGAUGACUUGGAUGAUGAUGAAGAAGUUGAUGAAGCUCCUGUAGUAAGGAGAAGGGGAGCAAAACCUACAACGCCUGGGAGACAAUCAAUGCGAUAUCAAGAUGAACAAGAUUCUGGUGUUGUAAGACCAAGAGGAUCUUCAAGUACACAAAAUUAUGAUGAUGAAGAAGAUGAUGAUAUUGAUAUUGAAAGCGCUCCAGUUGUAAGAAGAAGAGGAGCAGGACCAAGACCUAUUAAUCCAACCGCUCAAAGCAUUGCAAAAAUGCCUGAUGAUGAUAUUCCUGUAGUUACCAUGGUGAGGCCAAGAGGACAGUCACCACAGCAAAACUAUGCAGCUAAUCUUCCCAGCGAUGAUGAUGAAGAAAGCAAUGAAGCCCCAGUUAGAAGAAGAGGAGCAGCCAGACAAUCAUUACCUCCCAGUAGAAUAAGCACAGGAUCACCACAGAUGGUAUGGCAAGGAGAUGAUGAUAGUGAUAAUUCUGGUCCAGUCCGUCCAAGGAGACGUGCAGCACCACAGAGUAUAUAUCGAGAUGAUGCUGAUGUUGAAGUUGACAAUCAAGCUGCUGUUGUACGAAGACGUUCACCCGCCUCUCCUAAGCCAUCGACAGAUGACAGCCUUGUCGUAACUGCAGUUCGCCGCCGAGGAGCAUCAGACAAUCAAGUCAGACCACGUGGAAUACCCACCCUUCAACAAGGAGGAAUCCCAACGCCAUCAAAGGGAUCAAAGGCAUCUCGAUUACGCGUUUCCACUGAUGCAGAGAUCAAACGUCGCAGUUUACCACAAGUACCAACAAGCAGUCUACAGUACCCCUCAUCUUAUUCAGAAAAUCUAAUUCCGCCAGGUGCUAAAGCGAGAGUUCGUUCUUCUUCGCCUGCUGGAAGACUGGCAAUGAAAUCCGAGGCUCCUGUUGUACCUCGACAAAGUAAACUAGUAACCCCAAGACGAAUCCCAACACCGCGAGCUUCUAAUUCAUACUACAGUACUGGUAACGACCAGAGUUGGCAAGAUGGCUGCUACUAAAAUAUAAAUGAUUUUAUCAGCUGUUCAAGUGCAGUACUUCAAGUACAGCUCACCAAGAAAAUCGCCUCAUUUGGGUAAAUAGUGCGCAACGAAUGGUUUAAGAAAAAAAUAGGACAUGCCUACGAGUUCAAGUUGAGUUCAAGUUGGUUACGAAGAAAAUGGAGGUCAUUCUUCAAGUACGAUCAAUCCUCUUUAGUAAGGAAGGGAGGGAGCCUAGUGUCCCUAUUUGAAAGGUAGCCUUACUUAAUUAGUGAAUAAGUGCAUUCUGGAUUAAGUGCCCGUAUAUAAGAAGGUUGUCCGUAUUAUGGAGGUGUCCGUACUGAGAGAGAGUUUCGACCGUGCUUUUAGUAGUUUAAACAAUCUUAGUCACUAAUGAAAAAUAAUUCUCAGCUUUUCAAAAAAGAGUAACGUUUUAAAUUAGUUACUUAGAUGAAAGGCAUCAAAGAAAUGCGAUGAAAUAUUUAAUUCGUAGUACGUUUUUAGCAACAAUAGAAUUUUUUUAAAGACAGAAAGGGAAAUAAGAAACAAUCUUAGUUCCCUGCUAGCAGAGCCUAUUUUCCCUUUGUUUUGGUUGAUAGACUCUGCCGAUGUAGGACUUCCUCCCCGCCUGAAAGAAGGGAGAGAAAGAGAAGAGAGACUCUGCUAGCAAGGAACAAUCUUAGCUACUUUUACCUAGAACUGACAUAUAGUUAAAUAGUUAUUUUGUACAUUGUUAUUUAAUUUUGAUGUCGUUAAACAGUGCUAUUAUUAAACAAAUUAGUUCCCAACAAACGAUAUAAUCAAACCCCCCCUCUAGGGGUAGGGGUGGCUGAAGAAGCAUGUUCAGUAAAACCUGAGUGAAAGGGUACCAUGACCUCUAAUAUAUUAAGAUUAAAUAUGCUUUCGUGAGCGUGAGCAGUUAUCACGAUGAAAUAAGGUUUUGUUUAAGGCUUUUAACGAAUUUUAGAAAGUUGCGUUGUGUCCCGUUCGUUGUUUUUUUACCACAGGGUUCCCUCUUAAAAAUGCGUCCACAAAAAAAAGCGUUUUAAAGACAACACAAACAAAUAUUUGUUGUAGUGGAAGACUUUGCUCUUCACUUGUGGCAGACCCAAAAUUAUUUCAAAGUUUAUUUGUUUUGUUCUUGUUUUUCAUCUUUCUUUUACCAAUAAACGGAUUUCAGUAAUCGAUGAAACCCGUGAAAUUUGUGCGCAAAAAUAUGGCGUCACAUUUAAGAAGCCAGACAUAUAAUAUUUGUUAAAUGAAUUUUUAAGAUAAUUAUUUUAUAUAAGCUAAAAGUGCAUGGGUGUUAGAGAACCAUAAUGUUUUACUUCAAUGCCAGUUUUGUUAUAACACGACUGAGAGCCAAAGUAAUUUCAAUAAACCUCGAUAUUUCGAUUUCAGAAAUAGAACCCAAAAGAAGGUAUUAUUUUAAUUACUGAUUUGGUUCUACCGGGGAUUACUGAAAUGACGAUAAAAAUUAAACAUUGAGAAAUAAGAGGGUUUGUAACAUUGGCUUAGGGAAGCGGGCGAACACCAUAGUCUAAAAUUCUUUUUCCAUUUUAUCAUAGACUAGGAAAUUAUUUUUCACACGAAAAAUGGAAAAUUUGGGAGUUAUCUUAUUAAAUGUUGGAGUAACGAGCGAACUGAGGUACUAUACAAAAUUAAAAAUUAACCUAAAGCAAGGAUGACUGUUAAAUAUGGUUUCCUUUCUUUAGAAUUAACAUGGUGCCAAGAAAAUUUAUCUCACGAAUCUUGCUACGCCAAUGGUUUGUAAAUAUUGUUUGAAGUGUUAGCACUUGCCAGCAACAUUGGCCUGGCUGCACCUCAAUUCGAGUAUUAGUAAAAUAACGACUACCUACGAAAUAAAGAAACAUUAACGACAAA